GUGUGCGUGUGCCUGCGCGGGUCCGUUGCAACGCAAUUUCUGGACUGACAAAACGGAGAUAAAUGAGGGACAACUGAUCAUUUUCUCUGAAUGAAAGAACGCCAGGAUGACAGCAGAAAUGUUUCCUAAGGAGAAGACCAUCGAUCUUCGGAAAAAGCACAUUGGUCCAUCAUGUAAGGUGUUCUUCAGCCAUGAUCCCAUCAAGAUUGUGCGGGCCAAAGGCCAGUACAUGUUUGACGAGAAUGGUGUGCGAUACUUGGACUGCAUCAACAACGUUGCACAUGUGGGUCACAGUCACCCAAUGGUGGUGAAGGCUGGGGCUGAACAGAUGGAACUACUGAAUACUAACUCACGCUUCCUGCAUGAUAACCUUGUCCAGUACGCCCAGAGGCUGCAGGCUACUCUACCUGAAAAGCUCUCUGUUUGCUACUUUGUCAACUCAGGCUCUGAAGCCAACGACCUGGCACUCAGACUGGCCUGGGAGUACACAGGCCACAAAGACGUCAUAACUUUGGACAAUGCCUAUCACGGCCACGUGUCAUCGCUCAUUAACAUCAGCCCUUAUAAAUUUCACCAGCUGGCCAAUGCAGAGCAGAGCAAAUCUGUUCACGUGGCUCUGAGCCCUGACCUCUACAGAGGCAACUAUAGACAAGACCAUCCAGACCCCGCCACAGCAUAUGCCGAUGACGUCAACAAUCUUAUACAGAAAGCCCAUGAGAAAGGACACAAGGUUGCUGCUUUUAUUGCAGAGUCGCUGCAGAGUUGUGGUGGGCAAGUCAUUCCCCCUGCAGGCUACUUCCAGAAAGUGGCACAACAUGUUCACCAGGCUGGUGGCCUAUUCAUCGCUGACGAGGUGCAGGUGGGAUUUGGCCGUGUUGGCACCCACUUCUGGGCCUUCCAGCUACAGGGAGAAGACUUUGUGCCUGACAUUGUCACCAUGGGCAAACCCAUCGGCAACGGGCACCCCAUGUCAUGUGUGGUCACCACAAGAGAGGUAGCAGAGGCCUUCAAGAACUCUGGCAUGGAGUACUUCAACACGUUUGGUGGUAACCCUGUGUCCUGUGCCAUUGGCCUUGCUGUGCUGGACGUGAUUGAGAAAGAGGAUCUCCAAGGCAACGCGCUGCGAGUGGGGGGCUACCUGAUGCGACUGCUGGAGCAGCAGAAAGAGAAGCAUCCACUAGUGGGGGAUAUCAGGGGUCGUGGCCUGUUUGUUGGGGCGGAGCUUGUGAGAGAUCGGGUGAAACUGACCCCUGCUACAGCGGAAGCCCAGGACAUCAUUUACAAACUGAAGGAACAACACAUCCUACUAAGUGCAGAUGGUCCUCAUCGCAAUGUCCUCAAGUUCAAACCACCCAUGUGCUUCUCUGAGGAGGACGCCGACAUGGUCGUGGAAAAGAUUGACCAGAUUCUCACAGACAUUGAGAAGGCGUUGGGGUUACAAAUGCCCUCCACAGUACAUACAGAGAAUGGAAGCCAUAAGAGAAAUGUUCAACCUGAGGAAAACGGAUGUCAUCAUUCAAAUGGAAUAGGCCAUAGCCGUGAUACGUCUCAACAGCAUGCCUCUCAGCAAAACAAAAGGCUGAGGCCUUAAUGGACUUGUGGAGUUUUGCUACUGUCUUAUAAGACCUGAAUAGUGUGCCCUGCACACUUACAUGUUUCAAUGGAUAAAGAAAGCGACUUCAUUCUCAAAGCUAUAAUUACUUUUUGUAAGCAUUUAUAAUAUGUUAGUUACACAUCGAUGUUAUAAUCCUAAUCUCAGAUACUUUGAAAUGUGAUUGGAAAUUUGGACAGGCAUGUAUAAGGCCUGCUGUUCCUUUGUAUACAGACAAAUGCAGAUGAACUAGAAACCCAUAUUGACAGUGAGGAACAAAUUUAAAGUGCUAAUGUCCAGGAUGUCUUUAGAGUCAUGCAUUGAUCCCUCACUGUGACUUCAUAUUAAAUAGUAAAUGACAAUGAUUACAAAUGCGAACUUUUUCAAAGUAUCAUUAUGAAAUAUAAAGAACAUGUUAGGAGGCCUACUGAAAAGACUAUAAAGUCUUGGCCGUUGUCAUGUUAUUGCCCACAUUUAGAGGUUCUUCAAUGAAAGCUUUGUUCUACAAAAAUGUCAAAUAAACAAUGCAGACAGGGAACGGAAUUGUUUAUCUUUGUGUCUAGCAGCCUCUUGUGUACAUUGAAAGAAAAUGCUGAGGAGCAGAGUUGGCUACACAGAAACCUUGGACAAUACAUGGUGCACUGCUAUGCUAAUUGUGGCAAGAACAAGUACCAAAAACACUUAGUUAAUAGCCCAGGUGUUUAUUUGCUUAAAUCAUGGAACACAACAGGCGCUUAUUAGAGACUGGCUUCUAUUUUAGCUUUUGCUCAUUUGUAUAGUUAAUUGUUUAAUACCAGGUUUUCUUGUACUAAUAUGUUAUAACUUGCACACGGUGUCACAUUUAUUUUGUCUUAGUAUGCCUGUAUAAAAUAAAAUAAAACUUUUCCUUGACAGGAUAAUUAUUGACCUCCGA